AUGAAGCCAAACAAUUUUCCCAACUGCAUCCGUACAGAGAAUUACAUGAUUACUUUUGAAGUUGAAGAAGAAAAGUUUGGGCCAGCAAAAAUUGUGGGACCUACUCAGUUUAUUCAACCUGACAAAAGGAGAGUGAUCCAAGCACUCAUGACAUGGAAUGUUACGUGCCUGUAUUCACAAUUUUUGGCUCAGAAAACUCCCACUUGCUGCGUCUCCCUCUCAGCUUUUUACAACGAAACCAUUGUAUCCUGCCCAACUUGUGCAUGCGGCUGUCAGAGUAACUCAUCUCAGUCAGGGAGUUGUGUAAAUCCAAAUACGCCACAUUUGGCCUCGGUUGUUGCUGGUAGUAACGGAAAGAAUAAUUUAUCACCUUUGGUGCAAUGUACCAGCCACAUGUGCCCAAUCCAAAUCCAUUGGCAUGUCAAAGUUAACUACAAGGAAUACUGGCGUGUGAAGGUUUCUAUAACUAAUUUUAAUUACCGUAUGAAUUACUCAGAUUGGAACUUGGUAGUUCAGCAUCCGAACUUCAAUAAUCUGACUCAGUUAUUCAGUUUGAACUACAAGUCAUUAAAUCCUUAUGGUUCAAUAAGUAUUAUCCGGACUUGUUUAAUUCAUGUUUCUUUAGUAUUGGAUUUCUUAAUUACUGGUAUGAGUUGGUUUUAACAGAUGAUACAGCAAUGCUGUGGGGAGUGACUAUAAUGAUUUUCUUAAUCAUGCUGGCCCUAGUGGUAAUGUACAAUCUGAGCUACUCUUUCGAAAGGAGGAUAGGUCACAUUUCAGUUUUGAGAAGGGUUGGGGUUUCCCUCAUAGAAUCUACUUCAAUGGCGACAACUGUGUGAUGCCACCACCCGAUGCGUAUCCAUGGUUACCUAAUUCCGGUUCUCGGCAAGAGGUUUCAUUGUUUACUUUAGUAAUGGCCUCCUUGGUAGUCUUAGUAUUUUAUGCAUACAUUUAAGGUUCCAACCAGUGGUUAUACUUCAUUGUAAUAAAAAAAUUCAGUCAAACCAGUUUUGGCUUCAUAUUUGUGAUGUCAAUUUGGUUUUUGAGGCAAUCAGAAGGACGACACCCAGAUGGCAAGUCAAGAUUUUCUCGUGCAUCCCACGAUUGUAUAUUGAAGGAUUCAGUAUAUUUGAAAUGCUAAUGGUCUUAAUUUCUACUUUCUGCUUCUACUUGGAUCGUUUUUUUUUCCCUUCUUUCUUUAGUAUCUUGCUUGGAAUUAGUAUUGGUUCUGUUUGGAUUAAUUGAGUUUAUCCACCGAUUUAAACACUAAU